GGAAGAAUUUGUGGGAUAUAGAAGUAUUUGAGCUAUUGGACUGUUAGUAACACCGAAACAUAUUAAUUUCAUACUUGGUAGAGACCAGGAUCUUGAUCAGUAAUGAAUGGAAAACGGAAAUCUUUCCCUGGCCGUUUCCAGUCUAGUCAGAGUAAUAAACGCUCUAGGAGAGAUGAUGAUAAUGAACCUCUGGACUUUGAGGCUGAGCUGGCAUUAAUGGACUCGGUGGAAGAAGAAAUACAACUAGAAUCACAGGGAGAAGGCCCAGAAAAUUUGUCAACUAGUUCAAAGUGGUCUCGUCCUACACCACCGCCACUAAAUCCAGAGAAGGACUCCCUUGUCUUCCAACAGCUUGAUAUUGCACACUACAUUGGACAACCUCUUGCAGGCAUGCCGGGUAGCCAGAUUGGUUCUGUGCCUGUGAUGCAGAUGUUUGGAAUUACAAUGGAAGGAUAUAGUGUGAUGUGUCAUGUUCAUGGUUUCACGCCUUAUUUCUUUAUUCCAGCCCCAACAAAUUUUAAAACAGAACAUUGUCAAAUAUUUCAGGAAGUGUUAAAUAAAGCAGUAAUAGCCGACAUGAGGUCAAACAAGGAUGGAAUUACUCAAGCAGUAUUAGCUGUCGGUGUUGUGAUAAAAGAAAGCAUAUAUGGGUACCAUGUAAACAGGAAAGUACCGUUUUUAAAGAUCACUAUGGCUCUGCCAAGACUUAUAGCUCCAGCUAAGAGACUCUUGGAAACUGGCGUAGUAAAUGUGCCAUCGUAUGGCAGUCGUGCAUACCAACCAUACGAGAGCAAUAUUGACUUUGAAAUCAGAUUUAUGGUUGAUACUGGAAUAGUGGGAUGUAGCUGGAUUGAAUUGCCACCAAAAAAAUAUCAAGUUCGAAGCAAAGAUAAUGCACCUAGUCCUAUUUCCCGUUGUCAGAUUGAGGUUGAUGUAGCGUGGGACAGUUUUAUCAGUUAUCCACCAGAAGGUGAAUGGGCUAAGGUUGCUCCCUUCAGAAUUUUGAGCUUUGAUAUCGAAUGUGCUGGUAGAAAAGGUAUCUUUCCAGAGCCUGAGAAGGACCCUGUAAUUCAGAUUGCCAACAUGGUUAUACGACAAGGAGAGAAAGACCCUUUCAUUCGUAAUGUUUUUACCUUGAAUAGUUGUGCACCAAUUGUUGGCUCUCAGGUUCUGUCGUACAUGAAGGAGAAUCAAAUGCUUGAGAAAUGGGCAGAUUUUGUACGAGAAGUUGACCCUGACAUCAUUACUGGUUACAACAUCCAGAAUUUUGAUAUAACGUACCUUAUAAACCGAGCCAAGACGCUUAAUGUGAAACCUUUUCCAUUCCUUGGACGAGUAAUAAACAGAGCAUCAGUUAUCAAAAAUUCGAUGAUUCAAUCAAAGCAGAUGGGCAGACGUGAAAACAAAUUUAUUAAUACGGAAGGGAGGAUCCAGUUUGACUUGUUACUG